UUUUUUUUUUUUUUUAUUAUAAAAAUAUACAAUGUUGGCUGAUAUCGAUUUUCAGUUUUGCCCCAAAAAUCUUAAUAUUAAUUGAAUUUGUCGGACUAGCUCUUAGGUCGAUCAAAUUUUUUUUUCACAAAGUUAAAAUUUCACUAAAGACCAAACGUUUUCGAAAGGAUUUGAAUUCGGUAUUCAAAUGAAAACAUCUGGAAUGAACGCAUUGUUGUUUAGAGAAAGAGAUACAUAGUAUGGAAUCGAUGUUUCUUUAGUACUAUGAUUGGUCGCUCACAUAAAAAUAAUGUUAACAUAAUGACGUUAGUCAUUCAAUCAAUCACUCGAUUAAUCAAUCCAUUCUCCUUUUUCUCUAUUUCUCUCCCUCUCUUUCUCUCCCCCUUCUCCUCCCUCCCUCCCUCUCUCUCUCUCUCUCUGAAUAAUAGCGCGCAUUCCAAAGUAAUCCAGGCGUUUUCAUUUCAAUGGCACUUGGUGACUGUGAUGGCCAAUCCAGUAUUUCAAUAUUAUUUUCACUCAUUUGGCAUUUAUGGCAAAUUAUAUAUUAUUGUUGCGAAGAUCAAAUGACAACUAAAGCUUUAUCAACAAAAUGUCUUAGUUACUAUCCAACCUUGGAAAAUACGUGCGUUACACACGAGACAGAGAUGGAUGAACAAGAAACAAUGUCUGAUAAAGCUUCAAUGCUUCAAUGCGCUGCAAAGAAUUUGGAAUGUGUAUCAAAAAUGAUCGAUAAAAGAAUAUCAAUGAGUGCUAGUCCAUCAUGCAAAAAUUGUGACGAAGAACAAAGCGACGAUUCAAACUGUACUUCUACAAUUAUCAACAAAAGUGGAAUUUCUAUGAAGGAUUACAAUUCUGAUGUAUUGUCGCAAAAGAAGGAAUUAAGUGAUUCGUUAAUAGAAGGUGUAAAACCGCUAUCAUCAAAUGAUAUUUCGAAUAAACGUGCCUCAAUUGAUGACAUUCUUCUUUCUUCAUCUAAAAAAGAUUUUCAGACAUUAUUGGAAGAGAAAUUGAAGAAAGAAUCAGAAAUUACACUAAACACUAAUACAAAGAUUAAGCCAAAGAAGCCAUUUUUGAAGAAAGGUCAAGGACUGUUGAGAUUUAAAAUGUCUACAAAUCCGUAUCCAACUACGAAAAGACAUAACAUACAUUUACCUUCUAAUACAUCACGUAUUAAUAAAAGUGUUAAAAGCAAGAAAUCUGUCGCAUAUAAACAUGUAUCUUCGAAAAGUCUGGAUAAAGUUCCUGUUACAAAUGAAAAGCAGCAGAUAAAUUUGAAAACUGUUCCAUCACCAAAAAAGAUCUCUAGUAAAUCUACUACUUCUACUAAUCGAACAUGUAAAGUUACUUCCGAUCAAUUGAAAUGUCCAUUAGAAAUGAACAUAUCAGAUUGUGAUUCAAAAGCAGAGAAAGAAUUGGAGGAGGUAAGAAUAUUUGAACUCUUGGAAGAAAAAGCAGAAAAUUCUAGUUUCUGCUCGACAUCGAGUACAGUACUUGCAUUUUUGCAACAAUCUACGCCAUUUAAAGUAAAGGACAAAUUAAAUCAAAUAAUAAGGAGAGAUAACAUCUCGCCAAGUAAGAAACAUCAAAAUGUUGAACAAACGAGUGAUAUGAUAGAACAGGAGUCAACGGUUGCACACCCUAAAAACUUAAAGUCAAGUGUACAAUACCAAGUUGAACAAUUUGAGCCUUGUAAACAUUCUCAUGCCACCAUCGAUUCCUAUUACACUAUUGAUAAUACGCCAAAAAAGAUACAGAAUCAUUUUAUACCUACUAAUCGAGUAUUGCGAAAGAACGAGGUAUACAAAAACCAUCCAGAGAAUCAUGAUACUAGAGUCACAUUGUCGGAUAGUGAUGAGGAAAGAGAUAUUUCUAUGGGAGAUAAUUUAAUGCAUGAUAGCGAAACAGAUGCCAAUCAUCAUGUUAGAUUCUCAGAAUAUAAUGAAUAUAGAACCAUAGAUUCAAGUGACAUGUCUGACACAAUGAGUAAUUCUUUGAAAGAUUAUCUCGAGCAACAGAAUUGGAAUUCCGUCGAUACAUUGGAAUUAUCUGACGUCAAAAAGAAAUUGCCGCAUUAUGAGGAGCAAAUUCUCGAUUCUCUAAAAAUUGUCAGCGAUGAAAGAGCAAUUGAUAUUAUGAAACAAUUGCCUUUGCAACGGGAUGUAACGAGACAUAAGGACUUAUACACUCAUGUAAUGGAAACUAUUUGUGUUUCCAAAGAAAAGAAAAAUCCUAUCUCACUUUAUAAAAACGAAUUACCCGACAAAGAAAAAUACUACGAUAACGAAUGCAUUCCGAUAAUUGAAAAAAUUGUCCAAAUAUCUGACGAAGAACAAUCCGUCCUGUCAUCAUCAUUGUCGUUAUCGUCAUUAUCAGACACACUAGAGGUAGAGGCAUGCGAUAAAAAAGAAUACGUAUUGAAAAGUGAGCCAAAAAAAUUGACAGAAGAGAUAACAAAAGUAUACUCGAAUGUGGGAAAGAAAGAGGACCAUUAUCCAUCUGAGGAACGGUCGAAUCAAACAUUCGAGACUGAGCUUUUGAAGAGUCGUUUAUUAGAGCUUGAGAAAGAAAUAAACAUAUUUCGAAAGGAAAGCUCAGCCUUGCUACUUCAGCGCCGAAAGUUACAAGAGGACGAGACAAUUCUGCAUAAGCAGUACGCAGAGAAGGAGAAAAAUUUCGAAGAAACUAAAAGGAGAGUGCAAAACCAAUUGGAGGAGGAGAAGAAGGUAGUGGCGCGUGAAAAGAUAGCGAUGGAGAAUAGAAUUCGCGAUGCUCAGGAAAAAGCAAGGCAAAGCAAACUGGAAAGACAAAAGGUGCAGAAUCUACAAGAACAGUUGGAACAACUGAGAGAUGAAUUAAAUAUCAAAGAGAGCAGGUGGAAUGCUGCUGAAUCGAGAUAUAAAAGCGAGCUUCGUGUAUUACGAGUAGAAAUUUCAAAGUUAAAACAGGAAAUAUCGAAUCUACAGAAUACUAAGAAAAUAAAUAUUAGAAAUGUUAGGAAAAGCACAGGACAAGUAAUUACGAAAGCUAUCAAUCAAAUUAACAAACGUGUCAUCGUGGCUCCAUCCAAAGAGAUGUCGACGAAGGUAUGUCAAGAUUUGUUAGAUACUUCCAUCUAUGACAAUGAAGAUGAGAAUGAUGAAAAUAAAAAUGAGUUAGUUAUGGAACCAAUUAAUGUGAACGAUGACUUUGAUCACAUAGAAGAUGAUGCAUUUGUAAACAAAAUAAAAUACAAACAAGUUGAGGUCGACAUGCAGGCUAAGUGCAAUCAAAAAUUCUUGGAAGAAAAUGUAGAGAAGAAGCGGCAUUUAUAUGAAAAUUUAUUGAAAGAUGCAACGUCGGAUUUGAUGAAAAAUCAAAAUCCAUCUUAUAUGAAGCGAGACAUAUCGAGCGAUUCUCAGCCGCCAGUUACGCAUGUACAGAAUUUAAAUGCAAAAAGUAGCGAAGAGCAACCUCAUUUCAGUUCUACAAACAAAGAUCUCGGGCGUACAAUGGGUUGUGUUGUGAACAAUAUGGAAUGUUGUACUAAUAGAUCGUGUAAAGCAAAUCAAGAUUUGCAUGAAAAUGACAUAAGAAUAGACAAAGAAAAAGAAAAACAUCGAAUGUUAUCGCCUGAAAAAAAAUCAAGUUCCACAUUGCAACCUUCCUCAAUUCAGAGUUCAAACAAUAAGACAAGUAUAGAUGCUGUAAAACAGAUUCAGUUUUCCGAUGGACGCAUAGAAUAUUGGUAUUCGAAUGGUAAUGUUAAAAAAAUCUUCCCCGAUCAGGAAGUUAUAAAAAUGAUUUACUACAAUGGCGAUGUUCGUGAAACCGACAAGAAUGGGAAAGUCAAAUAUUUUUAUGCCGCAACUCGAACGUGGCAUACAACGAUGUCUGAUGGCUUAGAGAUUUUAGAAUUUCCCGAUGGUCAGGUAGAAAAGCGUAUGUCCGAUGGCACAGUUGAAGUGUUGUUCCCAGAUGGAACCGUAGCGCAAACUUUUAUUAACGGUGAUAAGAUUUUGUCUUUACCAAAUGGUCAAAGAGAAAUUCAUACAAAAGCACACAAGAGACGAGAAUAUCCUGAUGGUACUGUAAAGCUAAUUUACGCGGAUGGUACCCAAGAAACACGUUACUCCAGUGGAAGAAAACGUUUGAAAGAUAAAGAUGGCAAUCUGUUGAUGGAUUCGUACGAUGUAUAAGUUUUUCCAUGAAGAACUGUUUUCAAUGAAAUUCAGUAUAAAUAAUUGAAACAAAAAAUAUAUUUAUAUAUUUAUAUGCAUGAAAUAUGAAACCAUAUAUGAUAUUAUAAUGAAUUUCAGUGAUUGGUACAUUGUAAAUGAUGAUUAAUAUUGUACAGUAAUUUCUUAAGAAUUCGAUAUUUAAUACUGAUUUUUUUCAUUAUAAUAAGUGAGUAAAAUAAGACUGAGAAUUCAACAUACUUAGUAUUUUAUUUAAUUUUGUCAAUCAAAAUAAUUUUUAUAUACUUACACACAUUUACAAUCAUUGCAUCAUCAAUUCUAGCCCUGAUGAUGCAAACCAUAAUGUUUGCAAAACGUUGACAUAACGCUGUUUUUGUACAUAAUAUCCAUUCGGAAACCUUAAUGAUAAAAUCACUAAUUACAAAUUAUCAAAUUAUUAAAAAUUAAAAAUAACCAAGAAAUUCAACAAAUUACAAUUUAAAAAACAGUAAUGGGAUAUAACCCAAGCUAGGUGUUUAAUACUUUUUAUUAUUGAUAUAUCUAAAUAAUAUAUAUCAUUUAUUUGUUGUUACGAAUAUUUGUUACACGCAAUUGAUUUCAUUGCAACUUUGUAACAUUUAAUUAUUAUUAUAUCGGAAUAAAAACUAUAUUUUGAUAUAUUUAAAAAUAUAAUUUACUUGUGUUAUUUACAAAUGUACAAAAGUUGAUUUUUGAAACUAGUACAUGUAUAAGUAUUUGUCAUUUUAAUUGUCAUUAAAAUUUUACUGAUUCUUUUUCCUCUAUUUUUAACUGUUUAUUAAAAUUGUAUAAGUAUGUAAAAAAUUGUAUUAAUAUGUAGAUAUGUAGUAGUACCUUUUUUUUAAUUCUCAAAAAUAGGCUACUUUUUUGUACUCUAGAUAAGAAUACUUUCAUAAAUAUAGAAUAAAAUAAAACAAUGUUUAAAUGUAUCAUACUUUUAUUAAGGCAACAGUGGAAUCAUUAAGCAAGUUUUCUUAUCGUAGAAAUUAAUCUUAUAUAAAUAUACAAAUGCGCGCGGUGUGUGUGUGUGUGUGUGUUUCAAUUUUCAAUUUGUUCAAUUAAAGCAAUAAAAUUUUUGCAACUAA